AUGGAGCCUCACUGCCUAUCUCGGUGGUUCAGAGACCUCAAUUCCUUGGAAGAUGGAGAGAACGACGUUUUGUAUCGCAAGAUCUACGAUCGGAUAUCGCCCGAGUAUGUCAAUGAGACUUUGAACGCAGCUGGUUACAGUUCUUUCUUCAAGAAGUUCGAGGCUGGCGCCCACAAUGCUAUCCCGAUGUUUGUCAGGGGCGAGUGGCUCAACUUCACAGCGACCAACGACCCGGUAUUCUUCCUCCAUCACGCACAGGUUGAUCGACUAUGGUGGCUGUGGCAGAACCGCGACUUUGAUGGUCGAUCGAAAGAGUACUUCGGGCCUUCAGAGAACUUUCUAGAGAAGCAUCCUCAGAACUCGGAAUCUCAUUCCAUGGAUGUACUUCCAAUGGGUGGUCUUGUCAAAAAUGGAAAAGUCGCUGAUUACUUGAGCACGUUGGGCGGUCAUUUGUGUUACACGUACGACUAG